CAUCCAGAAAGGACCCAUUUUUUAUUAGGUUUUCUUCAUUUUAGGGUUGAAAAAUAUAAAGGGCUCUCCUUGAUUAUCCAAGUCCUUUGUCUUUGUAACUUUCUCCUUCCACGAAAAGGCACCUCUUGGAAAAUCUAAGCAGAGGCGGAGUGUUGAAGAGCUUACCGACCCCCUUCCUUUCUCCUCUCUCCUUCUCUGCGGAGAGGGAGAAAGUGAAGGCGACGAAGAAAAGAGAAUACUUCUUAUUCAUCAUCAUCUUCUUCAGAGCAUCUGGUACUCUCCGCCCACUCUCUGCCGCCCUUUAUUCUCACUCGCUACACUUGUAAACAUACUUGCUCUUAUUCUUCAAAAGAUUCGUUUUUUAGCCCUUAGGUCAAUUCCCAUUGGGCGAAAUUUCUUUUCUGGUUUUCUGUUUCUUUAAAACCAGUGUUUUAGCUGGUCAAUUUUUCUGGGUUAUUUGAACAACGAGGAGAAAAAAGCUUUUUUAAGAAAUGGGUGGACAAGGCUUGCAACUCGCUCAUCGUCGAAACCGAGAUGUUGUAUUUUCUAGUUCUGGAAUUAAGCUUCAAUGGAGUAUUCAAGAGGGUGAUAAUUUUAGGUCAUGUGGCCUAUUUGCGAGUGUUGGUCAAGCUGGUAUGGGAUUGGGGAUUUCACCAAAUCCUCCCAGUUCAUUAGAGAGUAAUGCCAAGCUUCCUUACACUAGCUUAAACUCAACAUUUGUGUCAAUGCCGGAACCGGGUUUUCUAGCUGAUAAGAGCUCAAGGAUGGUGUUUGAGGAAGCUAUGGAGGUCGGUAAUCGAGAAUUUUUUAUGAAGAAGAACAAGAAAAAGGGUGGGUUUAAAUUGAAAAUCAAAAUUGGGAAUCCAUCACUAAGGAGGUUGGCUAGUGGGGCAAUUGCUGGGGCUGUGUCUCGGACCAUUGUGGCUCCAUUAGAAACUAUAAAGACUCAUUUGAUGGUGGGAAGCUGUGGGCACUCAACAAGUGAGGUAUUUGAGAAUAUUAUGAAAAAUGAAGGGUGGAAAGGCUUGUUUAGAGGUAAUUUGGUUAAUGUCAUUCGCGUUGCGCCAAGCAAGGCUAUCGAGUUAUUUACUUAUGAAACAGUUAAGAAACACUUGACACCAGAACCUGGACAACAACCUAUAGUCCCAAUUCCAGCAUCAUCAAUUGCAGGUGCUGUCGCUGGAUUUAGCUCUACAUUAUGCACAUAUCCUCUUGAGUUACUCAAGACCCGACUGACUGUCCAGAGAGGACUAUACAAAAAUCUUGUUGAUGCAUUCCUUAAAAUUGUUCGGGAGGAGGGACCUGCAGAACUCUAUAGAGGUCUUACUCCUAGUCUAAUCGGAGUCAUCCCAUACUGUGCUGCAAACUAUUUUGCGUAUGACACAUUGCGCAAGGCUUAUAAAAAGGCUUUCAAGAAAGAUGAAAUCGGGAAUAUCAUGACCCUUUUGAUUGGGUCAGCGGCAGGUGCUAUCUCGAGCAGUGCCACUUACCCGCUUGAGGUAGCUAGGAAGCAGAUGCAGGCUGGAGCUCUCAGUGGAAGACAAUAUCAGAACAUGCUUCAUGCCCUUGUAACCAUUUCUGAGAAGGAAGGGCUAGAAGGUCUAUUUAGAGGAUUGGGGCCAAGCUGCGUGAAAAUAAUCCCUGCAGCCGGGAUAUCUUUCAUGUGCUAUGAGGCGUGCAAGAGGAUACUGAUUGAGAAAGAAGAAGAUUUAUGAUUCUCACAGAAGCAAAUGGGCAGCUUUUGAAUACCAUAGGGUUUAACUAAAGGUGGAAAGGUGAAGUACGAUUCAUGGUUUUCUUCUUGCCAUUUUAUUUGUUUAGGAUUUAGCUCAGCAACUUUGUUAGGAUACAGGCUUUUUUUGGAGGUAAAAAUUUUUAAAUAGCCUUAAAAGGAAAAGUUUUGGAAAAUGUUAUGAUAUUUCUUAACGAUGAUUUUGCUCUUGGCAAUUCUCUGUGACCUCCUAGGAUUUGGAGGUUAUCAUGUCUCAUUACAUCCUAUUAACAUUCCAUUAUAUAUCA